AGAGCCUGUUUUAUCAAACUCUGCAUAUUGGCUAUUCCUAAAAAGUGGCUGGAAGUGUCUCAGGAUCUGUCAACCAAAAUUGGGGCGAGGGUUUGUUGGGGGUGUAGCUCAGAAGGGUCUGGGACCCCUGAGAAUAGUACCGUCGUGGAAAGGUCUGGGACCUUUGAGUAAAGGAGGGUUGUUGAAGGGUCUGGGACCCCUGAGAAUAGUAUCGUUGUUGAAGGGUCUGGGACCCCUGAGAAUAGUAUCGUUGUGGAAAGGUCUGGGACCUUUGAGUAAAGGAGUGUUGUUGAAGGGUCUGGGACCCCUGAGAAUAGUAUCGUUGUUGAAGGGUCUGGGACCCCUGAGAAUAGUAUCGUUGUGGAAAGGUCUGGGACCUUUGAGUAAAGUAGUGUGGUAGAGGGGUCUGGGACCCGUGAGAAGAGUAGUGUUGAGGAAGGGUCGGGGACCCUGGAGGAGAGAAGGGAGAAGUACUGGUGAGGAGGGUCUGGGACCCAAGAGGAAAGCGUUGUGAUAGAAGGUCUGGGACCUGGGAGCCUUCGCAGGGGUCAGGGACCCUGUAAAACAGAGGGCUCUCAAAGGUGACAGUGGGUCAGGGACCUCCGUCACAGAACCUAUUGGCAAGGGUCUGGGACCCGUCCGUGGAUUGGCACCCCACCUACUGCUGGCAGGUAGUAGGACAGCUGGGCCUGAGCCGCCCGGGGAUAUAGGACCCCCAAGCAGCUCGUUUGGCUGGAGGAGUUAGGUUCAUCCUCCCGAAAACGGGUCAUUGUAGGCCCGAGGUAUAAAGUCCUCGAAGCUACCCGUGUAAAUAAAGUGUAUUUAGUGCGAGUUGGUGACUGGGGGUUGGUGGGGGACUGGUGUGAGAUAAGGUGUACAUAGAGUCAUUUAUUCUUUGUAUUUACAAUUGAUUACGUACUGUUUACUGUUUACCGUUGUCCGUGGCUUGAUAACUGUGUGUUUAUGUUUUGGUGGUGUUUAUUGGUGGGGCACUCAGUGACAGCGAAAAGGUGUACUAAGUGUGGGUGGGUGAAUCCACAUCCUGAGGCGCAAGGGCUAUUAGAUCAGGAAAAGCGUAGGUCGGAUAAGGUAAAACAUGGAGCACGAAUUUGAUAGAGAAUUGGAUGACGGAGGCUGGGGUCCACCAGUGCGCGGGCGGUGGAAGCCUCUGUCUGAACAAAUGCAGCUGCUAAAAAUAGCAGUGGGUAAAGCAGCACAGGAAAAGGGCCGAGAGAGAGAGACGGCAGAUGCGUGGAAGCGUAUGGGUAUUGCAGUAAAAAGUGCUGGAUACAAACCAGAGGAGAGGCAAUCAUUAGGAGCACUUUUAUGGCGUAAGGAAAGGGAGCAUAGAGACCUGAAAGAUGAGGCAGGACGUCAGCGAGGAGAAGCAGGGGUGUUACAACGGGGAAAGUGGAGAAAAGAGGGAGAGAGACAGGAGCAGGAGAGGCAAGUGUGGGCUCGCCUAGCCAUUUUCUGGCAAGGGAUCGAUCACCUGCAUAGGGAAAGUGGAGAUAACGAUAACUGUGACCCAGUCCCGGAGGGGCAGGGAACUAGGAAAAGGGAUAAACAACCCCCGGCGUACACCAGCCGUGGGGGUUUUCCCACCGCUCCCCCGGCGCACAUAUGUCCAGUAAUACAUGUUACUGGGGGAACGGUCCAGGUUCAAACCCAGGGGGAAGGGAACCUCCUGGGAAGGGAUGGCGGUAGUGUGGAGGAAAGAGACUCAGAUUGUGAAACCACUAGGGAUUCCGAGGGAGAAAGUACGGGCACCCCUGGUAAAGGCAGCACUAAGCAAGCCUUCCAGGAAAGGGUGAUCAGAGAGCAAAAGGAGGAGGCAGCCCGGGGUAAGAGGGGCAGCCUCACCCCUCUCCGAGACCGGGGACGGGUCAGGAGAGGGGAAGUUGAGAUUAUUGGUGAAUUGUCAGGGUAUUGUGAGGAAGAUGAGGAUGAGAAAGUGUUGAUUGAUUUGGACGGGGAACAAGGCGAGGGGGUAGAGCCUGAGAGAAGGGAAUCCUCAGGGAAACUGAUUCUCAGGUCCCGCAUACUACAGCGGCGACCUAGCCUGAGGUCUAAGCAGUUUCCCCUAUUAAGGGGGGCUUCAGGGGGCCCAGAGAGAUAUAAACCGUUCUCCUUAGGAGACGUGCAGGCACUAGCAGACAAGAUGCCCCCUCCUGCAGACGGGGGAGGUCACUGGAUGGAUAAAUUAGACCAGCUGACGCAGGGAACAAAGUUGGCCUUGGGUGAUUUCAGAGCAGUGGCUGCGAGGUGCCUCACUAAACAUUCUCUGCAGGAAAUAGAGGAAAUGGCAGGGACACUUACUCGCAGCGAUGGUGUGAUUCUAACAGACGUAGUGCUGGGCUUGGGGGAAGCCAUGCGGGAGAUGUUCCCCACCCCAAGUGGGGCUAGCAUGCCAAAAUUUUCGUGGGAGCCUAAAACCCCCCCCAGAGAAUAUUUGGACAAAUGUAAGGAGGAUUGGACGCGGAGAACUGGGUGUCACCCAGGGCAGGCGGGGGUUCAGCAGGAGUGGUUCCGGCGAGCGGUCCUGGAAGGUGUCCCUGAGCAAGUGAAAACAGCUAUUUUGGCUAAUCCUGACCUCCCAGGCGCUGAGUCCCCCGUGUGGGAUAGACAUGUGUUGCAUCAUCUUCAGAGAGCGAGGGACGAGGCCACAAAAGAGGAAGGAGGUCUGAAAGAUUUACAGACACAGUUGUUGAAACUGCAGGUGGGAGAAGCGAGACAAAAAGCACAGACGUACAAAAAGAAAGGGCAGGGGAGACAGAUGGUGGCAGGAGCACCACCUCCCCAGUUUGGCCCAUGGGUCAGACAAAAUACCAAUUACAGUAAUCGAGGUUGGGGUCCCCAGCAAUGGGGAAGAGGCCGUGGGGGCCGAGGCCGGGGAGCCGGGAACUGGGGAUGGGGCCGGGGUAUGUCGCAGAGGUGGCCACCGCAGGGAGCUUGUUUCCGGUGUGGGGCUGUGGGUCAUUGGGCCAGGGAGUGCGUAGCAGGACAGGCCCAAGAAGGACCCCCAGCAGGACAAGCGACUGCACCCAAUCCACAGGCUGUUCCCGGAGGAGGGCAGUACCCCACCCUCACAGGAUCCGAAGACUGGGAGUGGGGUGACCCCUCCCAGUGA